AUGGGAUGUAUCGAGGCUACAAUUGGUGAAAUUCAAGCCAUAUUAGCUUACUGGAAAAUGCUUUUCACCACACAUGAAGACUACAGAAUCCGUGUGUGGGAUGUUUCAUUGCCAGAAAACUUUAGACCAAAGAAGACGGUCACCUUGCCUCAGAAAAGGUCAUUCUUCUCCUAUCUGAAGAAGAAUAAUGAGCAACAUAGAGAUUCUAUCUCAUGCAUAGCAUUCAAUCACAAGGAGAAGCUCUUGUACACAGGAUCAUGGGAUGAUACAGUUAAGGUGUGGAAUAUAUCAGAAAGAUUACGUUUUGACUCAUUUGUUGCUCAUGCAGGCCAUGUCAAUGCCAUUGUCUUAAACCAAGAAGAUAAAUGUGUCUUCACUUGCUCUUCUGAUGGCACAGUGAAAAUAUGGAGAACGGUUUUUUUUAUAGAAAGCUCACAUAUUUUGACAAUGACACUUAAGUUUCAACCAUCUCCAGAAAAUCCUGACGAGCGCAUCCUCUUUCUUUGUUUAGCAACAAUAAAAGAUCUAAUACUUAGUGGUUCAGAGGAUGCAAUCAUACAAAUAUUGAGAGAUGGGAACUCCUUCCAUUCAUGGCUUGCAGUCAUUGAUGGUCAUGAUGAACCAGUCAAGUGCUUGGCUGCUGCUCUAGAAACUGAGGAAAUUAUGACAGGUUGUUAA